GUUCGAGGAGGUAUCUCCGCAAAUAUUUGUGAUAAGCGACAAAUACGAAGCUACAUUUUUUUUAUUAAAAAUACAAUAUUUAAUACAAAAUCGAUUACAAUUUAAUUUCUAUCUGUAUCUUCUACGUCAGCAUAACUAUAAAUUUACAUCGUCUCGUGUUAACGUUGACAGCAUUGAAGAGUCAUCUCUCUCGCGACAUCCUGAUGCGUAUGAGAUUCCUGCGUGCUAAAAUGUCACAGUAAGGUACUAACUAGUAUUAAUAGUAAAACAGCGCAUUGCGUCAUUCGCAGGAAAGGGGAAGCGUUAACGUUUCCACAUAAAAUCGAGGAAUGCCCAUUUUUCUCGGCAUAAUUCCUUCCAUCCCUAUGCGAACGACGACAAAGAGAUAGGUACGGCGACACGAUCGGAGUCCAGGGAGUGACCCGAUGAUGAAAAGCACAAAGCAGAAGAGUGGGAGAGUGUCUGGUAGUGAAGCGGAGUGGGACCCAGUCACGAAGUCUCACGCCUUCUACCAGUUCUCAGUCCGAAGACGAACGUACUGGCAGCUAGUGGUUCGCCGCUCCACUCCGAGACCGUCCGUGCGCGUGUGUUCGUGUGGCAUGAUUGUGUUUGUGCGCGAGGGCAGAACGGUUUCCUCCGUAACGCCGAUGUGUCGGAGUCGAUCUUGAGGCCUAUUACACCUUUCACGCCGCUCUUUUCUCGAGCGAUCGAUUGUCUUCGUUUGCGAAAAAUCGAUUAGUGGCACCAAGUCGUCGAUCGAGAGCAACAUCCGCCAUUUUCGUCAUCUUCGUGCGUGAGGAGGCCCAAUGAGGCCCACCGGUGCUGGUACAGUGAUUCGCGCGGCCGACGCCUGCGGCCGCGCCUCUGGAUUCCACAAGAACCAGCACACGGCUCGCAGGAAUAGUCAUUAAAUUCUCGCCGCCGGAUAUCGCUGGAGCUGUUUUCUCCGCUCGUCGCGUUCCAGGAGUGUUUGCGGCGGUCACUUGGCCGCAAGUGUACUGUGUUGAAGUGUACGUGUAUACAUGCAGCUACACGUGGAGGUGCAUUAGUAAGGGACGACGACAACUACGGCUACGCCACUGCAUCGCAUACCAGCGAGGGCCUCGGGUCUGGUAGCGGAGAAGGGGAUAGAGAAGCCUAGAGAGAACUGAAAGGAAGCGACAGAGACGGAGCACGGGAAGGGGCCACGAUAGAGAGAAGAGGCGCAAAGGGAAAGAAAGCGACGGAGAGAGAUUGAGACAGCGAAGAAAAAAAGAGAAAGAAAGACAGAGGACAAAACGGGGCCCGAUACUGGCGGAGGGGGGACUCGCAAGAAGGCGGCCAUAAUGGCCUGACGCGAUCUCGAGCGAGCGGCUACAGCUGCUGCGAAAUAUCCGCGCCUCCGAGUUCCUCUCGCCGUUGCUCCGCGCACAUAUUUUGCAACGACGUACUGCGACGACGUGUACGUGUCUUGUACACGUCGCCUGUCCUCCUGCCUUUGGAAAGCACCGACUACGUAAGCACUGCGAGUGCUACCGGGCGGAGUCUCGUCGGAGGCAACGUAUACCUCAAUGAGCCUCUGACUCACAUUCACGAUUCAACGCUGCGCGUGAGAAGCGAUCCGCCAGCUGAUAAUUGUCAUUCGAGAAGAUCCGCAUCCCAGAGUGUUGCUGUCUCCAAUCGGAAAACUCGAUGCUUGGUGGAACCGAUCUACCACGCAUCGAAAUCUCCACGCAUCGAAAUAAUUUCUUCACUUAAGACAGUUCUGAAUCAUUCUUGAAUGUAAUUUUCCUAUGAUAACGCGGUUAAAACGCAUAUGAUAAUUUUUUUUUUUGCUUUUUCUUUGAGAACUUGAAAGUAAUCAAUUGAUAAGAUUAUCUAUAGCCAGAUAAAUUUUUUUUUAUUUUUUGCGACAACUAGAUUGUUAAAAAUAGUUUUUUUGAACAAUUUCCUGAAUUUCCAAAUUACGAAAUUGAAAUCGGUUGAAUCUCUGAUUAAUAAAUUAGUCAAGUCGAAAAAAAAUGAGGGGAGCUAAUCAAGAUACGGCGACGCCGUAUUGUCGCUGCAGAGUACUCUAUUUAGGUAGCUCAGUACCUCACGCGAGCAAAGAGGGACUCCUAGGUGUUCAGGAGCCUCUGAGAGAACUUUAUCCCGAGCAAGGUGCGCUUGGUGCGCGUGGGAUCGACUCUUGGUUAAGCGUAUGGAGCAACGGCUUACUCUUGGAGAAUGUCGACGAGCAUCGCAAAAAGAUCACGCGGUUUUUCCCGAUCGAAGCGCUCCAUUACUGUGCCGCAGUCAGACAUGUCAAAGGUGGAAACGGCGAUACGUCCAGCACGCGUUUUUUGCCAUUGGACUCGCCAUUCGCACGGACACCCAGCGCGAAUCAUCCACCUUUGUUCGCUGCCGUGUUGCGAAGAACAACUGGUAUCAAGGUACUCGAAUGUCACGCGUUUAUUUGCAAACGAGACAUGGCGGCCAACGCCCUGGUAAGGUGUUGCUUCCAUGCUUAUGCCGAUAGCAGCUACGCGAAAGGUCUGGAGCCAUCCUCAGCGACGACAAACGGGGUCAUGACGGGUCAUCAAUCGAAUAACAGUCUUUAUCAUACUCUGGGCGGUUCGAGUACCACUCUAGAUAGCCCUCAAGCGACUCGUUUGGACACGGCCUCAACCGACGACCUCAGUCUAUAUAACGGCGAUGAGAAUCAUAAAGUUUGGGCCCGAGGUCGCGACGAAGUCGAUGGUCUUUAUCAGGAACAAGGCACCCUGCGAAGCACGAAAGGAUCCAGACCGCGUCAGUUGGUCGCCCCACCACCACCGCCACCACCGCCACCCCCUCCCGCUCAACCGUUAUUAUUGGAAGAAUCCUCUUCAGGACGACGGAAAGCUAAUAAAAAGCUCAAGAAAAUAAAAACUCGUUCGUUGCAUGAGGACACAUUACAACAACAUCAACAGCAGCAGCAACAACAGCUCCUUCACCAUCAGUUGCAUCAGGGCGUUUACGCCAACGGCCACGGACAUCACACUUUGGGUCAUCCCAUCCGACAACAGCAUUAUCAUCCUCAUCCGCUACCACCCAGCAGCCGAUCCGUCGCCGGUACUUUAGCUAGACCGGCACCAGUGCUUUUAGUACCAGCAGCCACCUUGCCACGAAAGAGUCAUCAUCAUCCGCGUUUAAGACCCAUUCCGGCGGCAGCACCCAUAGUCCCGGUCUACGCUCCUUUACCGGUGGUGCCGCCGACUGCGGCACCGGCUGCAGCCAUCUAUCCGGCAGCGGCCACGUAUGGUACUGCCGGAAAUAGAGGUAGACGACACCCAGAGGAGAACUCCACCCUAGGCACGUCGAGAAGAUUAGCCGCCUCUCACGCGGAUCUUACAGCGCCAGAGGUCGGUCGACAAGCGGACAGUCCGGAAAACGAGUCCCGUUUUGGUACCGGUAUAUAUCGACGAAAAGGUCAUCUGAACGAGAGAGCCUUUUCUUACAGCAUUCGGGCGGAACACCGUAGCAGGAGUCAUGGCAGCCUGGCCUCCUUGGGCUUUAGCGCGCAGAAUGGCAACGCGUUGCCAAAGGAGGAGAAGAAGGAUCGCGAGAUAGCCCAACUGGUCGCUGGAUUGAGCCUCAACGAGGGAUCAGAACGGACGCAAAUUCCGAAUUCGAGAGGAGGAUAUCAACAUCAUCAACAGCAACAGAUUCAACCGCUGCCCAGGCCAAGACCCCGUUAGAAUCAUUUCUUAAGACUGGCUUUUUGCAGUGCCAGACUGUCUUUCUAGAUGAGCCAGAACGAGUUCUGAAUAUUUUUCCUAGAAGGGAAUGCAUUAAUAAGCGUUUUUCGUGACUUUAGCGUUAACUUGACGUAUUUACUUUCUUUAUUAAAUGCUGAGCAUAAAUUUAAUUACUAAUAAUUUAUUAACUUAUUCUAUAUUAAAUUGCUGAAAACAGACCAUUAUGCGUUUAAACGCUAAUAAAUCUGGUUGCUAAUACGAUAAAA